UCUCCCCGGCGCUUGGACAGUGGAAUUAUGAACAGAGCUGACCCAGCCUCUAUCACCCUGUCUUGAAUCCGUUUCUGUUUCACAACGAGAGAAAUUAAAGCGACCAUGGAGAUUGGAGUCCGCAUCCUCUUGGCUUUCCUCGUCCACCAGGUUGCCCAUGUGGGUGGCCAAGAGGAUGGAGGCCAUGAGGGCUGUGUGCCUGGCUUCCAGGUCAAACACUACCAGGUGGCAGACAGUGGACCCUUCCAGAAAGGCCAGCCGCUUGUACAAGUGGAGUUUGAUGACUGUGCGGGGAACGAAGACGUAACGUUUGAGGUGUCGGACCCCAGCUUCCAGGUGGACGGGGAUCUGAAUUUGGUUCCACAUCAGGACGUCCUGUACAGCGGGCCAGUCCUCUUCAUCCAUGGGGUCAGUGCACAUACAGAUGACAUGGCACAGGUGGAAAUCAUUGGACUGCCGGUUCAGUCACAGCACACUCUAAGGAAUAUCCUGGGGCUUGGCCAGACGCUGACAUACAGAUCUAAGAGAUCCCUGCUGGUCCCUCCUAUGAUUGUAACUGAGAACCAGAGAGCCCCCUUCCCCAGGCCCAUUGGCAGGUCUCAUGUGAUUUCAACAGAGAAGUCGGGGAACCACAUCUUCCGACUGACAGGCCCCGGUGCUGACCAGGAUCCCAAAGGUCUCUUCAUCAUUGACACAGACACAGGAGAAGUGUCAGUCAGCCGCUCACUGGACCGGGAGGCCAUUGACUCCUACAAGCUGGAAGUAUCAACCACAGACUUCGCUGGAAACCUUAUCGAUGAACCCACCUUACUACUGAUCACUGUCAUCGACCAAAAUGACAACCGGCCCAUCUUCAAAGAGACACGUUAUGCAGGAGAGGUGCUUGAAGGAUCCCCUACAGGAACCACAGUGAUGAGAAUGACGGCAUUCGACGCAGACGACCCUGCCACAGAUAAUGCCGCGUUGCGCUACAACAUUGUCAGGCAGUCACCAGACAAACCGUCCCCGAACAUGUUCUACAUCGAUGCAGAAAAAGGCGACAUUGUCACCGUCAUCUCCCCCACGUUACUUGACAGAGAGACGCUGCCAACCACAACAUAUGAGUUGGAGAUUGUGGCUAAGGACAUGGCAGGAAGUGAGGUGGGCCUAACAGGAACAGCCACGGCUACCAUCACCAUCACAGACGAGAACGACCAUGCCCCUGAGUUCACACAUCCACUGUUUGAGGCGUCUGUGAAUGAGGGCUCGACGGGGGUGGUGGUCAACCUGACAGUAGACGACAGAGAUGAUCCAGCCACGGAGGCGUGGAGAGCGAUCUACUCUAUAAUAAACGGAGAUCCCACACAGAGCUUUGAGAUCCAAACCAACCCAGACAAUAAUGAGGGAAUGCUGUCAGUUGUCAAGCCUCUGGACUACGAGGCCACAGCGUUCCACACACUACUCAUCAAGGUAGAGAAUGAGGAUCCUCUGGUUCCUGAUGUUGGCUACGGCCCCAGCGCCACAGCCACUGUCCAUGUCACAGUCCUAGAUGUCAACGAGGGUCCUGUCUUCUUCCCGGAUCCCCUGACAGUCACCAAGAUGGAAAACAUCCCUGUGGGCAGCUUUGUGGCCUCACUCAAUGCUACAGAUCCAGAUAUAUUACAGAUACAAAACAUCAGGUAUGCUGUUCUGCGAGACCCAGCAGGCUGGCUGAGUGUGAAUCCAGUCAGAGGAACUGUCAACACUUCAGCCUCACUGGAUCGUGAGUCUCCUUAUGUCCAUGACAAUAAAUACACAGCUGUCUUCAUCGCCACAGAUAACGGCAACCCUCCAGCCACAGGUACUGGCACAUUGGUCAUCCACCUUGAAGACUACAAUGACAACGCCCCCUAUGUUGUCCCAUCGGUAGCACGAGUAUGUGAAGAUGCCCAUGAUAUGAACGUGGCCAUAGUUGGGGGACGGGACAAGGACCUCCCACCUAACGGCGCACCCUUUAAGAUAGAACUGGGAAAACAGCCCGGCAUUGACAAAACAUGGAAAGUUACCAGGGUCAACUCCACACACUCCCAAAUCAUGCUUUUGCACAGUCUGAAGAAAGCCAACUACCAGCUUCCGUUGCUCAUCACCGACUCAGGGGUGCCCCCUUUGUUCAACAACACAGAGGUCAAAGUUCAGGUGUGUGUCUGUAAGAAGAAUAAGAUGCACUGCAGCUCUGCCCACUCUCAUCGCGCCAGCCUUCUCGUGCUGCUUGCGACGCUCCUGCUCGCCCUGCUCUGCCUGUAGAUUCUGCUGAAACCUCCCGUAGUCCUUUUCGCAAACACUGAAAAGCAACGACUUAUCUCCCCCACGCAACCCAGGCUUAGGAGAGAAGAAGAUGAAAAAGAAGAAGAAGAAGCGAGAAGAAUUCUUCUCACCACGACAAAUCAAACAAGAAAAUACACACAAUCCCCACCGGCACAACUGCUGUACAACACCACUCUGUGUUUUUUAAAAGAUUUCUCACUUAUCCUCUUGCCACUCUCGUCUGCUUCUCUUCAUCUUUACUUUCUUUGUUGCAUCUGGCCUUCCUAACUUCAGUCGUCUCUCAUCUCAUCUCUUCCUCUUUUCCUGACACAAGUUUGACUCGCUUUGACUUUUUUCCCCUCAAUCUGUCCUCUCCUCAACCCUUCUCCACCAUUGAUUGUUCCAUUUCUUUCUAGUUUUUCUUGUGUCUGUAUUCCAUUUUGGCAACGCACCAUUACACUGGCAGACAAGCACUGGGUGUUAGCAGCGUUCAUGGCAACAUGCCACAUCCGUACAAGAUACUUGAAACAACAUGUGUAUUGAUAUUGCAACAAAAUAAAAGCUAUAAAUCUACUUCAUAUUGGACCUCACCUUUAAACCUUUGGUCUUUUCCCACAGUUCAUCAGAAACUUCUCACUCCAUCCCCAGCUUUCUUUUUCUCCUCCUUCCCUCUUUUUCCUGCCAUAG